AUGGCUGACGAUACAGAAGAAUAUCUACUGAAUAAACUUGAUUCAUCACUACAGCAAGCGAAGGGAAGUGAAGAUUGUCUAUCAAAGGUCCUCUUUAAUAUCCAAACACAUUUUGAAAACGUAAUUGGUUUGCUUCGAGAUGUCAACAAUGGUGAUCUUUCAGAAGCGGGUGGUGAAUCGAGCCGUAGGGGAAACCUUUACUAUCUCCUCAAUGCUCUUGCGAAUUGGCAAAUGGUAAUGGAAAGGAAAAGCAUUUACUCUCCUGAGGGAAUCCGAUUCGCUGUUUCACUUAACAGCAAAUUGAAGAAAAUGGAAAGUGCACUUAAAGGAGAAAAAUCAACGUCUAGUGGUGGAGGUUCAGAGAGCAAAAUUAUUAUGACUGAAUCUCAGUGGAGUUACAGGACAGUAGAUCGAAACAGAGUAUUCGGGUUUAGUGAAAAGGAAAAUUUCAUGGUGAGAUUCCUUAUCCGGAGAGACAAUGAAGUUAACGGAUUUAAGGCAAUUGGUAUUUCUGGUGUGGCUGGAGUUGGGAAGACGACGCUAUGCCAAUUGGCUUUCAAUAAUGAGCAAGUAAUGAACAACUUCUUUCCUCGGAUUUGGGUUUGUAUGUCAAAAUCACCCGAGGAUGUUGAUGACUACUAUAAGGAAGACGUUUUAAAAAGGAUGCUCAAGUGUCUCGGUGUUGAAGACCAAGUGAUCGAAUUUACAGGAGAAAAUCGAGGUCUAUUGGGUUUACUUUUUGCUCUCCGAAGUGUACUGAAAGGUAGAAGGUAUUUGAUUGUGCUUGAUGACGCCUUCUAUUUCCACGAUUUCUUUGAUAACAUAUGGUCGGAACCAAAACUGGAAGAUAAUUGCACUGAAAAACUCGCGCUUGGAUUGCCAAAACAACAGGGUGGAGCUGUUAUUGUCACAACUCGAUCAAAGGAAUUGGCGAAGGAAAUGGUUGGCGAGGAGAUCGUAUAUCCCCUUUUGCCAUUGAAUGAUAAGAGUUGUCGGGAGAUAUUGAUAGAUUCAGCAGGAGAAAGAGUGGAGCAAUUGCUUAAAUAUCAGACUGAUAAAGAUUUAGAGGAUACAAUUAUGAGCAAAUUAGGUGGCCUCCCUUUGGCUGCCAAGAUCAUGGGGGAAAUCAUGAAAGAACAACUUGACAAAGUACCAGCAUACACAACACCACUCAGCUGA